AUGGUGGUUAUAGGUUUAGGUUAGGUUAGUUUCAAUAGACGUUUUAAAAAGUUUUCGUAAAAUACAUGUGACGUAUUCAUCAAAGGAACAUGAAUCGUUGCAUGAUUUUUCAAGAGACAAUCAACGUGUUAUAUUCUCAAUGUUAUGGUAUUCAACUUUCUCGAAACGUUUGAAUUUUCCCGCGACACGAGAGGCGUCUGUCAAAAACCGCACGAAAUAAUCUAAAUAAUGUAACAUAACCUACGCAUUAUGUGUCCUCGACUAAACAAAAUUUUUACGUUUUUUUGUCGGUUCAACGCGUACGAGUCGAUAAAACAAACUUUGGAAUUACCGAUUGUUCCUGAAAUGUUACAUUUUCCCCGGCAGAGAUGAAUGAAAACUAUCACAGUGUAUCAGUUCACAAAAAUUUCCAGUGCUUUGUUUACCAACUUUUCUAGCCACGUGUCUUUUAUUUUCGCAUCGACGCGUGAUUGCAACAUGCAAAAUCCGGGAAUCAUUAGCUAUAAUUAGCCUGUGUUAGGUUGUUAGGUGAUUGAAUAUGUCACAAACAACUACGAUUACGAUCCUUACGUUCUAAAUUAGCUUAACUAUCGGUACUCAAUUCUUCAUCGGUUAAGAAGAUUACUUCAAUAAAAAGAGUAUACAAGUUUUUCCCUCAAUUACAGAGUUUCCCGCAAUUUUUUGCACGACGAUAAAUUUCGUCGCUCUAUCGAAGCAGAAUAUUUAAUAUUAACAUUUUUGAAAAUAUUCUUGACUGUCAUUUGCAUCAUAGACAUCGUUACACUGAAGGCAAUAUAAAUAAAUAUAUAUUGUUUUCCAAAGUUAUUAUUCUUGCAUUUUCAUUUCAAUUUAUUCGUCUUAACACAUUGUUGACCGGUUUGCACUAGCUAUUUUAAUUUUUGACAUAAACAGGCUAUUGUGAAAUCUUUUCAAUCGUGUUUUAUUAUUAUAAAAAAAAAAAUUACUUUUAUUGCUAUCUAGGCUCUUAUGAUGAAUUAUAUGCAGUAUACAAUAGUGCGAGUGAUCUUGAAAUAUAUCGUAGUGAUGUGAGAAUUGAUAGAGUUUAUCAAGACUUAUGCAAAUUUGCAAAACCUAUUACCAUUGUACGUAGGUGUCGCUAUACGUAGUUUAUCGCAGCAAAAAAGAAAUUACUGAAAUAAUAUUACACGUGUAAAAUAUAAUAUACAAAGUUACGAGAAAUAUACAAAGUUCUAUUCAAGUUCAUUCAAAUGUAUUGAAUAAUUUAUUCAGAUUGUUUCACUUCACAGGUGAAUUGCCGGUCAACAACGUGUUGGGAAACCUAACCUAAACCUGGUUUAUUAGAACAAACAAGCAAUUCUUUCCCUCCAAUGGAAACUGUAGAUUUUCGUGCGAAUUGAACGUGAAAUCAAAAGAAGAAACAGGGUUGAUACAGGUAGAAUAUUUAUUAAAUAAAAAAAAUCAUAAAUAUCGAUAAAUUGCCCGUACAAAAUAUAAAACACCUGGUCGGUAUUCUUUGCAUUCCGGCAUUUUUCAUCUAUGUAUAUUUCGAUGAAAAGGAAGAAAGAUCAUCGGCAAAACGAGACCAGAAUGCAAAGUGAGCACCAAAAAAGAAAAAAGGCACGUCGUAGAAACUUUGGCAGUGCGUCGAAGUUUCGUGGUUUCUAAGACUAGCGCUGAUCUUUUGACAAUUGACAAUGAAGUGAAUAACGGGAGGAGCAACGCUGACUAUAAUAUAGCUUGAAACUGUCAUUAGGAUGAGGACGAGCUUGAAGGAAAAUGGUGGCAGUGUGGAUGGAAAUUUUCA